AGGCCAAGACGCCACAACGUUUACUAGGGUUGGGCGGCACUAACCACUGAAAGAAAGAAGCACCAGCAGCUCCAGUUUGGUCCAAAAAGCGAGUACAUAGCGGAUGAUAAUUACCCUCACAGCAGCUGGUGAGUCGAACGGUUCCAAAUGUUUUCCUGCCCUUUGGUCCUGAUGCGAGAGGCUCAUUUCUCCGGAAGGAUUGUGUUGAGAUGAGCAUCGCUAUUACGAGAAUGCUAGGCUUUAAAUGUCAACCAUAAACGGGCAAACAGGCAGCGUUCGUGAACGGAUUAAUUUGUUUUAAAUGAGCCUGACUGUAAAUCAUUGGCGGUUAUGCGUAGGGAUCAACACAUCGUUUCCGGAUUAAACACUGUAAUUAAUUGUAGUGUAAAUAACACUACACGGCCACGUAUAAACAGUGACAUCGGCGAUCUGAUGUGGUUAUUAGAAUAGCUUGUUUCUCUACGGAAAUUAGCCCCAGCACAAGGCUAAUUUGAAGCCGCUGUCAUUGGCUGACUGGCCCGUCAACUGCCUCCUCCUCUGCGAGCACAAUUGGUGUGUUGUCAUUUCCAAAGGCGACUUUCAGCACAUCCGAGCACGUAAAUGUGUGGUCAAGCGUCUAAGAGGACAUCAACCCGCUCAAGCCACGGCACAGAGACUGUGGAAUACAUUCCUCCCAAGAGGAGCGAGGAUGUCAAGUUGGGGUGAGAUGAUACUCUUAAAGGAGUCUCGGUUACUGUAUGGCCAAACGUCCGGAAUUAUUGCCCACUAUUGCCGCCAUGAGUCAGCAAGGCCUGUUGUGAUGCUAUUGCAGCAAGUCUGUAUGACUGUGUUGAGUCCGUGUGCUAAUGUGAUAUUUGUGCAGAGAAGAUUUACAAAAGUUGCAUUUUUUUUGGAUUAAAUUAUUAUUUCGGGGUGAAAACAAUAUACCACAAGAGGUUUUUGUUUGGUCAGAAAAUUUGUUCCAUUUACUUUUUAGGCAAUAUUGCGACUUCCUGUGGACCAUGUGACUUGUAGACUCAUUCAUUUUCUACCGCUUUUCCUCACGAGGGUCGCGGGGGUGCUGGAGCCUAUCCCAGCUGUCUUCGGGCGAGAGGCCCUGGACUGGUGGCCAGCCAAUCACAGGGCACAGAUAGACAAACAACCAUUCACACUCACAUUCAUACCUACGGACAAUUUGGAGUCGCUAAUUAACCUAGCAACUCCACACAGAGAUGGUGGAGCCAAGGGUGGGAUUGAACCCUGGUCUCUUAGCUGUGAGGUCUACGCGCUAACCACUCGACCGCCGUGCCGCCAACUUGUAGACUAUUCCAUUCAUUCAUUCAUUUUCUACCGCUUUUCCUCACGAGGGUCGCGGGGGUGCUGGAGCCUAUCCCAGCUGUCUUCAAGAGAGAGGCGAGAGGCGGGGUACACCCUGGACUGGUCGCCAGCUAAUCACAGGGCACAUAUAGACAAACAACCAUUCACACUCACAUUCAUACCUAUGGACAAUUUGGAGUCGCUAAUUAACCUAGCAUGUUUUUGGAAUGUGGGAGGAAACCGGAGUACCCGGAGAAAACCCACGCAUGCACGGGGAGAACAUGCAAACUCCACACAGAGAUGGUGGAGCCGAGGGUGGGAUUGAACCCUCGUCUCUUAGCUGUGAGGUCUACGCGCUAACCACUCGACCGCCGUGCCGCCGACUUGUAGACUAUUCCAUUCAUUUUCUACCGCUUUUCCUCACGAGGGUCGCGGGGGGUGCUGGAGCCUAUCCCAGCUGUCUUCAAGCGAGAGGCGGGGUACACCCUGGACUGGUCGCCAGCCAAUCACAGGGCACAUAUAGACAAACAACCAUUCACACUCACAUUCAUACCUAUGGACAAUUUGGAGUGGCUAAUUAACCUAGCAUGUUUUUGGAAUGUGGGAGGAAACCGGAGUACCCGGAGAAAACCCACGCAUGCGCGGGGAGAACAUGCAAACUCCACACAGAGAUGGCCGAGGGUGGGAUUGAACCCUGGGUCUCUUAGCUGUGAGGUCUGCACGCUAACCACUCGACCGCCGUGCCGGCGGCUUGUGCAGGACACUUACAUUACAGUUAAUCUUAUUGUGCAUUUUAUUUCCUAGGAGUAAGUCCUCUAGUCCACCACAGUUACCGUUGGGUAAAUGUCAUAUUUUCAGUAUCAUCAAAAUGACUGCACAAACUAUUCAAAUUAUUGAUUUUUAAUUAAUUAUCAAUUUCUACCGUUAAAACAUAGUAACCGCAUAAAUAAACAACAUAAAAACGUACUGCUCGGUAUAGACAGUCCUUUCGGGAAGACAGAGCUUCUGUUUCAACAAUUGAAACAACUAGUUGAUUAAUCGAUGGUUAAUCCAAUUAAUCGGCAACUAAUUUGAUAAUCGAUUGUUUUUUGUGUAUGUAUGUAAAUGGUGUAAUGUAAAAGGUUGCAGACCCAGCAACUAACUGUAGGUGUUUGCUUCAUAUUAAAACGAUCAAUUGACACAAUCGACUAAAAAAAUCAAUCGAUUAAUCAAAAAAAUUGUGUGCUGAUGUUUGCUUGGUCACAAGUAUAUGUAGUGUUACCAAACAAAUGUACUUACCUAGACUUUUCAUGCAGACAUAGACUUGUAUUGGACCUGAUUAUACUAUGCACAGAAUGACUGUACAUCUGUAGUACCCUUUUUUCAGCAGGAUGCAAUAAAGGUCUAAGGUGAUCUUGAAGGGCAGAUAUGAGUCUGACAUCUUGGUUCUUGGUGAGUGGCGGUGGGACACGCCAUCGUCUCCCCAGAGAGAUGAUUUUUGUGGGGAGAGACGACUGUGAACUCAUGCUUCAGUCCCGCAGUGUCGACAAGCAACAUGCGGUCAUCAACUACGAGGAAGAUGCAGAUGAACACAAAGUUAAGGACCUGGGGAGCUUAAAUGGGACCUUUGUCAAUGAUGUGAGAAUACAGGAGCAAAUAUAUGUCACGCUGAAGAUCGAUGACAAACUGAGGUUUGGUUACGAUACCAACUUGUUUACUGUGGUUCGUGGAGAGCUACUUAUUCCUGAGGAAGCCCUAAAGCACGAGAAGUUCAGUAGUCAGCUUCAGCUCAGGAGGCCUGUAGAAGGCGAGUCGUCAAAAUCAGAAGGCAAACCCUCCGAGGCAUCAGUACCUGUGUGCGAGGGAGCUUCUUCUAAUCCCCCAGAGCCCAGCAAAGUUGAGGAAAAGAUGACAGGGGAUGUUGCGGUGUUACACAGGGGAACGCCACUUUAUGGACAACCUGCCUGGUGGGGAGAUGGGGAUGAUGAUCACCACCCUGGAAAGACUGAAGAAAAGAAUUUGAAGCGUGAAAAAGCUCAAACUGACACCAAGAAGACUGCAGACAAGUCAAAGUCUGCCCAGCAACUAACCUCCACUCAGGAGCCAAGCUACUUUGAAAUCCCCACCAAGGAUGGUCCCUCAGCAGGUAAAGCUGGCGCUGAGGGCCCAUCACAUGACCAAGAGGUCGGUACUUCAUCUGGGCAUGCAUCCUUCACCAUUGAAUUCGAUCCUGGAGCAUCAGGCAAACUUACGGUCAAAGAUCGAGUGGCAAAAAUGGGCCUAGAUACCAAACCACGUCCGAAAAAGGGAGUGGGGGAGGAGCUGAGUCCACUUCAGACAGCCAUGGUGGCAGCAGAGGUCAAAGUAGCAGAUUGGCUGGCCCAAAAUGAGCUGCCUUUGACUCUCAAAGAACCAGCUGCAGAAGACGGAGGGGAAAGUGUAAAGAGUGAUGUACCUGUUCAGCUGAGGAGUCUGAAAGACAGCAAACAUGAGGACGGAACGCAAAGCGACUCAGAGAACGCACUUGGUGAGCAACGCAGGGCCGCCGCUCUCGAGGAGCGCACGUGGGGGCUUUGGAGCGGACCAGGAAUGAAGAUCAGGGAAGGGCGAGCUAACGUACCAGAGGGACUCUUUGCAGAGGAAGAAAGCCCGGCACGCCGUCGCAGGUCUUCCAGUACAAAAGUACUCGGCUUUGUGGAAAGGCAACAUGGUGUGCCAGAUCCACCGAGUAGUCGUGAUGAGUGCUACCACCACGGAGAUGACUGUAGUGACAGAGGGACAUACACCAUUGAACUGGAAAAUGGAGACCAUGAAGAAGAAGAAGCUAGAAAAAUGAUUGACAAGGUAUUUGGUGUAGAUGAACUGGAAACCGUGCAUGUGUCCAGAGGGGGAGUUACAGACCUGCGAGAGACGCUCCCUUCCCAGAGAUUUGAUACCAGAGACAGUGGAAAACCUGCAUGCAUGGAAACAGAGGUACUGCCCGAGGAGCUCGUGGUGGGUGGUCCUCGCUGGGUCUCGCAGUGGGCUAUUCUUGCCGCCAGCCACAUUCGGACAGACCCGGAGGGAUCGGGUGGCGAGAGUCACAGUUUAGUAACCGACAAAGCAGACGUAAGCGAAUCCAGCCAUUCCUUCGGCUCAUCUGGUCAAAAAGAACGAAAAAGAAGAACUCUACCACAGGUGCCCGGUGAGGAGGUUGCGCAGGGAAGGCGGACCCCGAUGUGCACAGAUUUGGGCGAGAAGCAGGACACAGAACCGCAAGAGAAAGAAAACCAGGCUGAAAAGAUUGUUAGGGGGAAGAACGCUCCUGGUCAUGGCAGCCCUAGUCGCUCCGUGUCAGCCAGGUCACAGGACGGUAGUCACGGGAGAUCAAGCCAGACGAGCGCAAUGGCCAAGCUACCCCCUCGUCCAAAGACUAGCGGCGAGAGAAGAAAGGAGGAGGUACAAAGGAGGAAAAAUGAAGAUGAGAAGAUCAGGGACAGUAGCGGAAAACCCUUUUUGAGACAGGAGAGCUUCACUGUGGAGAAACCGAGUUCCAACGUACCCAUUGAGCUCAUACCUCGCAUUGAUGGGAGCAGACCCCCGAGUCGGGAGGCCGGCAUCGACGGAGCCACACUACAGAAAGACUCCGAGGCAGUUGCGGCAUUUUUAGAGGGCACCACAUCAGACCAAGGCGAUCCACCAAGUCAGUCCAUUGAAGGUUCCAUGUCUCCCGAGUCCGACGUGGACACAACUAGUACCGUCAGUCAGGCGGAUGGAGCUAGGAAAGUGGUUCAAAAGCGGCGGAUUCUAGUAGGGCAGCAAAAAGAGAAAACCGUAGUCUGCUCCAACAACAAAGGCCCAGCUUUUGCUCGAGAGACUCAAGACAAGAAGCUUAAGAGCAGAACACCAGGUCCUCAGCAGCCGUGGACCUCUCUGGACCUCACAGAUGAUGAUGUCAAUUCGAACUCACUUCUCUCCGACACCCAGCCCGCAUCCACACAGGAAACCCGAGGUUCACGUGCUAAAGUCCAGGCAGGAAGCACAACAGUGGGAGCCAGCACCAAGUCCAGUCGGGCUAAGACCACCCAGCCCCCUGCUUCUCUUCCAGCCAGUAAAACUACAAGUGUCCCAAAACCGAGACCCACAAGGGCAUCCAUACUGAGGAGAGCUCGACUUGGUGACUCAACUGACACCGAACCUGCCGAUCUGGACAGGAUGUCUGUGGCCUCCGAGGCCUCAACCACGAGCUCCACAUCCAGAACGGAGAUGGCAAAAAGGGGAAUGUCUAGGAUAGAAGCUCUGGCGCAGCCAAGGAGGCCAAGGGUUGGCUCCCCUUCAGCACAGAGUGAUUCUGAAGCCACUGUGACCAGGAAUAGAGGAUUUGGAACCAGGAGUACUGUCGGUGAGUUUGCUAUUCGACAAGGACUAAGAGGGUGCGGUGUGUCUUCAGUCGCUGGACCGAGGGCCAGGGCUAACAGCGCCUCCAAGCUGCCAGACAAAAGUAAAACCACCUCUUCUCAUGGGAACGUUACACCAGCAGUCAGCACUCGAUGGCGCCGUGUGCCCGUAGACUACGCCUCCACCUCAGAGGAUGAAUACGGUUCCAACCGCCAUAUGUCCAAGCAGGGCCAGGCGCGGCUGGUUCUAUCCACACGGGUGGCCCAGCUAGGAGGCUCGGGGCCAACCCCUCCCAAUCCCGCUGGACUCAAGCCACAGUCUAGAGAUCAGGACGAAUAUAUGAGAGACUGGACAGCACACAGUGAGGAAAUAGCCAGGAUCAGCCAGGACCUGGCCAAAGACCUCGCCAUGCUUGCACGAGAGAUUCACGACGUAGCUGGUGAAAUUGACACAGUGAGCCCAGCAGCCACUGAUUCUGGAGUCUUGUUGAAGGAGCACGGCUGUGAUGACAGCUUGGACAAAGGGGGUCCCUCCACAGAUCAUAACAGCAUCCUGGAAAGUAACGGGACGUCGGUUGAACUGAGACCGAGAUCUUGUACGUCGCAGGGGUCUCGCUCCAUUCGCCGACAGACGUGGAACAGAGACGAGGCAAUUCUAGAAAGUUUACUUCUACCGUCCGUGAAUCAACUCUCAACCAGGAUACGUCAAUCAGUCGACAAAACAGCCAGCAAGAUCAGGAUACUUUUCAAGGACAAAGACAGGAAAUGGGAAGAGAUUGAGAACAAACUUCAAGCAGAGCAUGACUCCUUGCUGCUGAAGAGCGCCAACAAGCAGUACUUGAACACGCCACAGUGAUGUACUCUGAGAAACGAAGGGGAAAAGUAUAAAUAACGUUCUCUGACACUGCCAGAGCGUAAUAAAUCCACCAAUUAAAAGACAAACUGACUGAAUUAUAUUUGAAAGGUAUCCUUAAAUUACCUCUGUUGUAUACCGAAAAUCUAAAUAAAAUACAAUAAAAUGAACUUGACUUUUCUUCGGCACGCAAUAAUGUAAUGGUAGAGUAAACACUGUUCGCUGUGUACUUUGGUUUAAGUACAAAAUAACACAGCAUGAAAUGUAAUUUGUAAUGGCUCGAGUAAUGGAAUAUUUGUUUAUCAUCUGUUUACAUGAGUAAUCCAAAAAUGGCCUACAGUAGAACAUCCACUCACUCAUUCUCUGUAGUAAACAUAAAAUAUCGGAUUACUUUGAGAGGAAGUCAUCGAACAUGUUGACAGUAUUACGAUUGUGUGAAGCCAGCUUUAAUGAUGCUGUGCUACACUCUGUACACACUGUUUAGAAUAGAAGAGAAAAUACCAGAUACAGUAUUAGAAGUACUACUUGACUCAUGGACACGGUCAUCAAUUGUGUCCAGAUGCCUCAUAUGAACCCCAGAUUGUCUUGAGCACCAUGAAAGAGCUCAAAGAGUAUGAACGAGUGUACACAGAUCAUGCCUAAAAAAUACAUUAAAUGAGCUCUGUU